AUGGUGCGCCCGAACCCACAGAGGCUGGCCGGCAGCAUCCCUCCAACUAACUACCCCGUCUACAUACAGGUCACAAGUGACGAGGCCAACGGCGUAGUGCAUGUGCCAACGCAGGCACCGGCCCGACGCAAAGGCCAACCCCCGUCCCAGGGUCUCUCGAAAGCACGCCGCUACGAACCAUACGCUCACUCCUACCAGCAAGGGCACCAUUCGCACAGGGCGGCCCGUGAGGCAGACAGGCGCAAGCGCCACGGCUCUGCUACUGAUGGUGCUUCUGCUGCUUCUCAGAGCGGCGGCAGCAUAGUCCCUCGGCCAACCAACACGCCGCAUUAUGCCCCGCGCCGGCAAGAAUCAUUUUGGUUCUAUUAUGCCUCUGCUUUUGUCGGGGAGCUCUUCAAGAAUCAUCUCCACAAGGGACAGGACGAGUUCGCCGAGAUAUGUCUCUUACAACUCGUCUGUCGUCACAGCGACAGGAUCGGACAGUUCGAACUCUGGGCCAGGCGAGACGCCCUUCCGAGGGUUCGGUAUUUGGAGAUCGAUGAGAGAUACAGGCUCUAUCUCACGUGGAACGAGGACGCCGUCUUCGACAUGGAGGAUGCCUUUGAGAACCUAUUCAGAUGCGCAACCGAAACCGCGGAAGCCAUGGGUCUCAGUGCGGUAAAAUGGUCGGCGUCAAAGAGCUUGGGGCAAAUUGUGGAGGAUAAUCUUGCCGAUGUCAACAUUGACAUCGGCAACCUUUACAUGUAGGUUGUGACUUGUGAUUCUGUGCAUGUAUUCUCUUAAUUUGUUGUUUCACAAUAUGCUAUUUAAUUACAGAAUGAAUAACAAUGGUGGUUAUUUCUCCAAGCUGACUAGGGUCAGUUGUUGGCAACCGGAUGUUCUCUGUGUCCUUUUUAAACUUGUCUUCCCUCUUUUCUUUCUUUCUUUUCUUUUCUCCUUUUCUUUUUCCUUUCUUUCGAAUUCGCUUCCUUUUACUAAUUAUCUUUCUUCUAUUUACCUAUUUCUUUUACCUAGUUCCUUUUGCCCCGUUUCUAGUUUUCCCUUAUGAAGAGUGUGCCUUGUUUAGCUCUGCCGCAGCUCACAGUUGUAGGUAUUACUUCCAUUGUAACAACCACAUUAUCAACGGCGUCACUCAUUGUGAAGCGUCGCGGGUUCUAGCCAAUAGGUCUAAUCAAAGUUUUAACUACUUGUC